AAAUAACACUCAGUGUAAUCCACCAUGCCUUGGCUCUCACUUCUCCCAUUACUUAAGUUUCCGUGCUGCCUCAGCUCCCCCCAUCUCCAGUGGAGCGUUGGUGCGUGUGCCAGCAUAUGGUCACUGCCACACAAAGCAGAGCAGGAGGCCACGAGUGCUGCGCCUCCACCCGUCUUUCAUUACCUUUCUAUCUCGCUGGCUCUGACCCCCUCCUCUCUCCCCAACAGCCAUGCUGGCCAGCUGGCUGCCGCUCAGGUGUCACUUUCCUGGCUCGGGGAGGAGGCAAUGAGUGCAUGAGUUUUUUUUGUUUUUUUUGUUAUUGUAUUAGAGUUGAGCAUGAGAGAGAAAGAGAUGGUAACCUGCUGGGAUCCAAAGAGCUCCGGGGAGCUUGUUCGGUGUGCCAUAAUAACUUACUCAUAGCAGCCAGGGAUGGUGCUUCAUCGGGCCAUCCAGGCGGCUCGAGCAGGGGAUCUUGCAGCCCUGAGGGAGCUAGCAUCUUCUGGUCACCUCUCACCUGCCAUCACUGAUGCUCAAGGUGCCGGCCCAGUGCACCACGCAGCAAGGUGUGGACGCCUGGAGUGCCUGCAGUUCCUGGUGAGCGAGCUGGGGCUGGCAGCUGAUGCCCGGGCCUUGAACAGGGCCACACCAGCACAUGAUGCAGCAGCUACUGGCCACAUCCGGGAGCUGCAAUGGCUGGUAGACCAAGGAGGCUGCAACAUUGAGGAUAGGGAUGCUGCUGGUGCCACUGCGCUCCACCUCGCAGCCCGGUUUGGUUGUGUGGAGGUCAUUAAGUGGCUGCUUUCAGUUGGAGGAGUGGCAGAGGUGGAGACAAACUGUGGAGCUGUACCUGCUCACUACGCUGCAGCCAACGGGGACCUCACCUGUUUAAAACUACUUGUUCAGCAGGCUCCCGGGUGUGUGAACCACCAGACAGGCAUCGGUGCUACCCCGUUCUAUCUGGCCUGCCAGGAAGGGCACCUGUGUGUUGUAGAGUACCUUGUGAACGACUGCGGGGCCGACGUCCACCUGAGGGCCCACGAUGGCAUGACCUGCCUGCAUGCUGCUGCUCACAUGGGUCACCAGGCUGUGGUGGCGUGGCUGGUGACCUGCACUGAUGUCAGCCUGUCCUGCCAGGACAGAGAUGGAGCGACUGCGCUGCACUUUGCUGCCAGCAGAGGGCACUAUUGCAUCUUGGAGAGGCUGCUUCGUAUGGGUUCAAAGGUCAUCAAGGAUUACUGGGGAGGGACCCCACUUCAUGAUGCUGCAGAGAAUGGAGAGCUGGAGUGCUGUAAAAUCCUGUUGGCCAAUCAAGCGAACGCUACAGACCACGAUAUUGAUGGGUUCACAGCAGCAGACUUGGCAGAGUACAAUGGACACCAUGAAUGUGCCAGAUAUCUAAGUGCCAUGGAGAAAAACAGCGGCCGUCCUGAAUACCUGGCUGCACGAGCCGUUGCCUCUGGAGUUUCACUGUGCAGUGAAGUCGCAUUUUUUAAGGUCAAGACGGCCACCUGUGCAGAUAAGCCCAUCGAGGUAAUUGCUCCAGUGGAGGAAGGAGUGAAGGUAAAGCCGGCCGUGUUGUCGCAGUGCAGCAGGGAGGACUACUACGGCUGCCUGAGUGACACAUGCAGGGACAGUUACAGCAGUAAUACACUCAUGGAUAGUUUAAAGCAACCUGAGAGUGAGGAGACCCCGCAGGCGAGAUACCCUCAGCCCCCUUUUCCUUCUGCUUCAUCCACACCUGCCCAGCCAGAGAAAACCGCUGUCAGCCGAAUAGAGCAGGUUCAAAUCGCAACAUCUGUUAUUAAAGCUUUCAAUCAGCCCAAGGCCGCUGGGAGUGAGAUAACUGUCUCUGCUGAUAAGACGAUGUUGCCUAAUGCAAACCUCCUGGCUGAAAGAAAACUUCUUGGCGACAUGAAGUCCAUUAAAUCCUUGAAACAAUCAGGCAUAUCAGGAGUCUUCACUGGACAAGCAAACAAGAUGGUGGUCCUGCCCACUGAGGAGGCCAACCUGUCGGACAUCGACUACCUGGUGCCCACUCAUGAUGAGAGAGGCCGUCCCAUUGCUGAGUGGAAGAGGCAAGUCAUGGUGAGACAGCUGCAGGCGAGGCUGCUGGAUGAGGAGGAUCAGAGGAGGAAGGAAAAUGGGAACAGAUAUGCCAAAGUCAGCUGGAGGUACUCCCAAGCCCACAAUGCCAUCCUGGGGCCCUCUGGUGAGCUGCUGGCUGAGGAUGACCUCAUCUAUCUGGAGCAGCAGAUUGCCAACGUCUCCAUGCAGAGGAACUGUGAAGGCUACGAGCUGGAGCUCGCUCGUCUAGCUGAGGAGCUCAGGCACAUCCUGCCGGCCCCCAUAGUGAACAUCACCGUCAACACACAAUUCAGAAACUUCACAAGUCAAGUUCCUCUACCUGUGUGGUGCGGCCGCAUCUCGGGCAUCGUAAAGAGCAUGUCUCUGCUCAUGACCAACCUGACAGACCAGCCCUACUGCAAGAUGCCCAACACCGACCUGAUCACCGUGUUCUCUCAGACGCCAGACAGACACAACUCCACGAGGGGACGCAGGGAGAGGAUAGAGGAUGAAAUCCAUCAGUUUGGAGUGUCUGUAAGGACUCUGAAGUCUAACUUUGAGACACAGAACUCACCUUUGUCAGAUGAGCCGGAAGAGGCCGUCGCGUUAAGUUCUUCCACACAGCUUGAGGCCACAGGGUCAGACAAACAGCCCAAAGUGUUGAGUCCGGCCCCAGAAACAGACCAGAACAAUGACUCCGGCAUUGACUAUGAUGAAAAUGUGGCAGAUGUUCUAGAGACCACCAGCCUUAGAAAGGAGCGUAUAGUCGUGCUGUUCUUAGGCCACUGGAAGAAAUCCGCCUACACUGUGACACUGAAGAGCAAGGACGCAGCAGAGAGGAAGAUGAGUGGUGGAAACCCGGGAACGGGCGACAAAUCCGGUUCUGGUCGCAGGGGCAGCGUGGAGAGCGCCCAGUCGAAGAUGAUGAACAGUUCUCUGGGACAUUUCUUCAAGCAGAGGAGUGCAGUCAACAAGAUGCUGGGAAACUGGAGGAGCAUGAUCUCCAGUGUCCCGUCCAGACAGAUACGGAGGCUCCACAGGCAGAAAGCCCUCUACUCCCCAGAGCAGUUCCUACCUCGUCUGGAAGGUGUGCCGGUGGAGUACGACAACCUGACCCUGGAUCUCUUCAUGCUGGGCUACUUUCACAUCCUGGAGUUGGAGCUGCCUGUGGACGAACGCAAAAUGAGGCACCUGCUGUGUUUUGAGGUGUUCGACCACGUGGGGAGUUUUCCCUGGGAGCUGGUCAGGGACUUUCAUAAGGCUGUCAUACAGGACAUAGAGGCUGGGAACCGCGAGUGGAAAGACGGCUUUGAGGACAUUAAAGUAAAGUUCUUUGGAAACACUGUGAGUCAGUCUGAAACCAUUGCAGCAGUGGUGAAACAUAGCCUCCCAGAGGUUAGACAGGUCCCUAAAGUCAUUGUGCAGACAGCUACACCUGAUGAGGGGAUGCUCCACAGUGGAACUGACAUUUCCAGUUUCAGCAAUGAAGAAAUUUGUAAAUACAUUGACCGUAGUUUUGCUUUUUGGAAAGAGAAAGAGGCAGAGAUUUUUGAUUUUGAGUAGUUGCUUGUGUCAUCUUUUUGAUAUUUUUGUAUUGUCUGUAGUUAGAUGACAUUAGAGCUGGGUAUCAAAAUACUAUUUGAAUUGUGAAUUGAAUUGUUGUAAUUGUCAACUAUUGAGUACCGAAAGCUUGCACAGAAUCCUUAGCCAGAUUCUAAGCCUUGUUUACUUUUGAUCAGAUAUUGCCUGAUUUGCAUUAUAAUUUUGUUAAUUUUAUACUUUAUUUUAUUGUGUUAAAACAUUCAACUCUUUCAGAAGUUUGGACUUUGUUGUUAAGUUUUAAAAAGGAUUUGUAAAAAAAAAAAAAAAAAUGUUUAUAUAUAGUAAUAUAAGAUAUGAGAAGAGUGGCUAGAGUACUAGUGUGUUUUCCUGGUAAGAAAGCAGUUAAUGGUAAAUAUUCCCAACACAGCCUGGAAUCUGUGAUCUGGCAGAAGGAGGACCGGUUCUUUAUUACAAAAUAAAUCAUUACACAGAUACCUGUGUAAUUUCAUUUCUUGUAA